AUGAUGAACUCAACACAAUUCACGUCAUUUAUCCUAGCUGGAUAUAGUGACAUUGGACACUUAAAGUACUUGUAUUUCAUUAUAUUAACUGUCUUAUAUGUCUCCAUAGUUUUUGCGAACACAGUGCUUAUUGUGGUAAUAUGUAUGGAGAGAAGCCUUCAUGAACCCAUGUAUCUGUUUCUGUGCAGUUUGUUUGUAAAUGACUUGUAUGGUACCACUGGUUUGUUUCCUGCUCUCAUGACUCAUUUGGUUUCAGAUGACCAUACAGUUUCCACUGUGUGCUGUUACCUACAGAUAUUUGUCUUAUACACAUAUGGAUCUACUGAAUUCAUCAAUUUAGCAGUCAUGUCCUACGACAGGUACCUUGCUAUAUGUUAUCCACUACAGUAUAACGCCAUCAUGGCACCCAGCAAGGUGUGUAUUUUAAUUUGUGCAAUAUGGUUGUACUCUUUUGUAAAAUUCACCAUACAACUGUCUUUAACUAUUCGUUUGCGAUUGUGUGGAAACGUCAUAGACAAAGUGUAUUGUGACAACUACCUGGUAGUUAAACUUGCCUGUUCAACUUCAGAUACGACAGUUAACAACAUCUCUGGACUCUGUGGUAUUGUUUUGACUGUCGCUGUCCCUUUAAUUACUAUUGUGUUCUCUUAUAUUCAGAUUCUGACCAUUUGUUUGAAAUCUUCCAUCGAGACCAGACAGAAAGCUUUCAGCACCUGUUCUCCUCAUCUGGUCUCGCUGCUCAACUUCUCUUUCGGCUGUUUCUUAACUCUGCUCCAGAGUAGAUUUGAUAGCCCUAUGAGAAAUGUUCCAACUGUACUUCACACUAUUUUAUCAGUGUACUAUCUGAUGUGCCAGCCACUUUUAAAUCCUAUUGUGUAUGGAGUUAGGAUGGCUAAAAUCAGACAGGCUUGUAAAUACAUACUACCUGUAGGUCUGUACCCUAAAACAUAAGCUAAGCAUUUCGUGGGACCUUUUCCAUCCUGAUUGUUCAAUAUUUGUGAUGUUGACUUGUGUUUUGUUACUUAGGCUAGUCGCAAAAAUGAAUGGGGGUGAGGAUGGUAAAUGUAAAACAUUUGCUAAUUUAUGAAAUAUUGUCAUAUAAAUCAAAUAUAAACAGGAGAAGUUCAUGACUUUGAAUUUCUCUCUUAAAUUGAAGUUUCUAAGGCUGCAUUCACAAAGCAAGUCCAAUUCUGAUCUUUAUUAUUGGCAAAAUAUCUGAUCUGGUUGGUCAAAAGACAAAUUAUUGGCAAAUUAUCAGAAUUAGACCACCUGUGUAAACACAUAAAAUCUUUGUGUAAACACAAAUAAAUCAAGAUAUGCAAAACUGUCUGGAUCAAUCAACAACAGUGA